AUUAGAUCGGACGGUUCACAUUAUUUCAUCUCUUAACCCAACAAAUUCGUCAAGCUAGAGAUUUCAAGAACUCAAACACAACAAGAUCAAAGAAGGAAACCAGGAAGAAGAACAUCCAUGGCGGAACCAAAACAAAGCUCUCUUUCUGAGGUGGAGACAAAUGUGAUUGGAAGCAGUAAAGAAGAGAAAGAAUCGAUGUUUCAUGGGAAAGAGACUCAUGGAAGAAGUGAAGACAUUGACGAGAAGACAAAAGUUGAUGAUGUUAAAGGACCUGGUGUUCUCGGGCGUAUGAAGGAAGAAAUGGAAGCCAUUGUUGACGCUGUUACUCCUAACAAAAGUUCUGACAAGUAGAUGAUUAGUAUCACUGCUUGUUCCUAAGAUUUGGACACAAACUAUAUACAUCUUUGUGUAAGAACUGUAACCACCCCUUUUGCUUAAUAAAAAAAAACACGAGCUUUUAGAUUCUUGCCAAAACCAUAUCAUCUUUGAGAGUGGAGACUCAGCACCAGACUGAAGAGUAUAGAUUCCUUGUGGAUAUUUGUAAGGGAAUUUGUGAUCUACCAAAGUUUGAGUUUUACCAUCUUCAAGCUAAUUCUGAAUGAAAAGGUUGGAGAUUCCUAAUGAAAAUCGUAUGUAUUC